UCUUCUUCAUUCGCCGUUCAGCAACCGACCGCGGCAGUCGUGUCCCGUUGUUUGCGUGCCACUUUGUUGUCGCGUCGCGCAGUCUUGAGUGUUCUUUUUUUGCCAAGUGACCUCCCGAAGAAAUCGAAAAAAAUCAAUACCCGUUAAAGCGGUUCCCUGCAACCAUGUUCUGCUGCGUGCCCGGAUGUUGCUCGCGGUACGGCAAGGACAAAAUCUCCUUCCACCAGUUCCCGAAGAAGAACGGGCCGCGCUUCCAGCGAUGGCUCGAGGCCAUCGGCGGAAAAAUGGCAGAAGCCUCGUCCGGGGCGUUCGUCUGCGGGCGGCACUUUGUCAGCGGGAAGGCGGCCCGGUCCGCGGACACCGACUCGGUCGACUGGGUGCCGACGCUGUACAUGGACGGCAUGGGCCCGCCGGCCUUGACGGGGAGCUCCGACGGAGCGGUCUACGAGAAACGGCCAUACGUGCGGGCGGCGACGAAAGCGGCGGCAAAGGCACCCGCGGAAGAAGUGGAUCCCCUCUUCGACUUUGACGAUGAACCGAACGUGCGCUGCCUGGUGCGCGGCUGUGCGAUGGCCCGCGACGACGACCACUCGUCGAUGCUGUUCUUCCCCGUUCCGGGCGAGGAACCCGAGCGCUCCCGCUGGUUCCAGCUGAUGGGUUUGACCAAGGGUCCGCCCGUCAACAGCCGACCGUCGGCCGCCGUUUGCGAGCUGCACUUCGAGCUGGCCAAGGAUCUGGCCAAUUACGACGACUUUAUCACGCUUGGGGUGUCCGGAGUGUUGCGGCUUGGAGUGCGUCCGACGCGGAACGUUCCGGGCACGCUGGAUGAAAGUAAGAUUAGCAUUCAGGGUGAUCUGAGCAGGUUGGAACAUGAAGGCGACUCGUCGCUGCUGCAGGAGAUGACCCUGCCGAUGGACAGCACCAACGGAGAUGAGCUGAUGCCGGAAUAUCCGGACCACAUGCAGGCCAGCCCGGUGGAGGAGUUUGUGCACGUGUGCCGAUCUUGUCUGAGCACGGACAAGUCGAACCUCGUGUCUGGGUUCGAGGACAACCUGGCGGAUAUCUUCUUCCAGUUUACCAGCGUGACCAUCUCGAAGAGCGAAGGAAUUUCGACGGACUUUUGCCACGAGUGCCGGAAUCGGCUGAUGGAGUUGCACUUUUUCCGGGACACGUGCAUGACCAGCACGCAGAUUCUGAUCCACCGGUACCAGAAGAGCCACGGAAUGGCCCAGGAUGACGAUGGCCAUGGGGACGAAUCGAUGAUGGACUACCGGUCCGAGUAUGGAAAUGGUUCACUAGCCGGCCACCACAGCUUUGCUCCGGACGAUCCGGAAGACCUGUUGGUGCCCCAAAAGGAGGAAGCCUUCUGGGACAAAUCGGGCUCGGUGCCGAACAAGCCACGCCGCGGAAGACCACCCCGGCAGAGCUUGCUCGAGGCGGAAACGGCCGCCGAAGAAUGGGCCGGAACUGGGAAGCGAAAGCUCGUCAAGAAGCGCUACAACUGCAAGGUUUGCUUCAAGGAGUACAACUCGCGCGUCGGCCUCGACACCCACCAGGCGACCCACAAGAACGACAAUCCGGAGGAAUUCACGGUGCCGUGCGAGAAGUGCCCCGUGAUGAGAAGACCCGGCGAUAAGCAUUCCUGCCAUGUGAACGCCAUGCGGUGCCACAUGUGCCCGGACCAGUUCCGAUCGUGGUCCUACCUGAAGAUCCACCUGGCCAAGGUGCACCGCAUCAAGACGAAGCGCCGCGAGCUGAUGGCGAUGAUGAACAUCAAGCCGGGAAAGCGCGGCAGGCAGAGGAGCAACCCCUCCGAGCCGUUCAACUCUCCCGGAGGCUACUCAGGCGCCAACAGCACCAUGAUUUCCACGCCGCCAGCCAGCGCCACAAGCACUCCCCACAACCAACCGUCGCCAGCGCAAGCCCCCUUUCACAAGUGCGGUUUCUGCGAGGCCGCCUUCAAGAUCCGCGCCACGCUGGACGUCCACCUGCGAACCCAUUCCGUCGUCCAGCUGACCGAGUGCAGCGAGUGUGGCGAAACGUGCGACAGCUUCCGCGCGCUCGAGCGCCACUUUGACCAGCACGCGGACCACUACUCGGACAACAAGAGUGGCCUCGUCAACAAGUGCCACCUGUGCGGGAAGGUGCUGCGGCGGCGCCAAACGCUGAUGCUGCACCGGCAGUACGUGCACUGCGAUCGCGAGGUCGUCAAGUGCGGCUCCUGUCCGCGGCUGUUCCCGAACGCGCGCCACCUCGUCGAGCACCAGUGUCCGGCCAGAGGGAAGCAGCAGCAGCCGGGUGGCGAUGGCCAGGUUUCCGUCGGUGGGAACAUCAACGGCGACUUUAUCAUCGUCAAGCCGGAGUCGAUUCUGAAGGGGGGAGGCGGCGGUGGUAAUCCGCUGGAGGACGAACAAUCGGCUCGACCGGUGGCCAUGCAGGAGGACAAUGCCGAUCCGCUGCUGGGAUUGGGCAACGAAGACGUCAUUGAGUUGGGAUCGGACGACGACGACGAUGAUGAUGACGAAAGCGAAGAGGAAGACGAUGAAAGCUCGAACCAGACGAGCAAGAGUGCGGCGUUCACGUGCAACGUGUGUGGCAAGGUGUUUGAGAAGGAGGAUGUCCUCGAUCGGCACAUGAAGCUGCACCGGAUGAUGAGUGCGGCGAACGCGAGGAAGUAGAAACGCUACAUAUUUAAAUUGUAUGUACUAAACUAAUUUACGAGAAUAUUCCAUUACUUUCGCCUCUGACAAGGGGACACUUUAGAAAUUCAGGUAAGCUUCUUCUGUUUAUGGGCGACUUCACACUGCUGUAUUAUGAAUACAAUUUUAAACUAGGUGAA